AUGAAUCAGAGAUUAAGAUCGCCCCACCCAGGAAGCUCGGAGCCUGCAGAAGGGAGAAAAGAGUUAAGAUGGCCAGCGGCAGAGCCCUGCUCCAGGCUGGACUGCAGCUCCAGCCAGCUGAUCCAGCUGCUGACGGCCGCCGUGCUGGGGCAGGAAGAAGGAGAGGAGGGAGCCUCCUUUGGCGAAACCUGCCUGGCCCAUUUCACCACAGGGAUGGCUGACUUCGUGCUGGACACGGACGCCUCGGUGCAGAACGGGGCCACUUUCCUGUUAUCCCCCCCUCACAAGCGGGGCAAGGAGUGCGUGCGGGCUUGCUGCAAGCACCCUCACUGCAACCUGGCCCUGGUGGAGCAGGACCCUGCCGGGGGGGAGGACAGCAUCCAGGCCUGCUUCCUCCUGGACUGCCUCUACGAGCAAACGUUUGUCUGCAAGUUUGCCAGGAAGGAGGGCUUUCUCAACUACGUCAAGAGGGAAGUGUACGAUGCCUAUGUGGACAUGCGGGAAGAAGGACAUGGUGAUGAUAAGCCUCCCAUAGCCCGGGUUGGGAUGGACAUGAAAGUGCAGCCUCAGGAGCCAGUGUUACUGAGAGGUGCAGAGAGCACAGAUGACCAUGGGAUUGUCCGUUAUGAUUGGAAACUUCUGCUUGGUGACACCUCUGUGGUGCUGAAGAAAGAUAAUGAUGAAGUAGAGCUCUCCAACCUGCAAGAAGGUGUGUACGUCUUCCAGCUCACUGUCACAGACAGUGCUGACCAACAGGACUCCACCAACAUUACCAUCACGGUCCUGACAGCUGAACAGACCGAAGAAUUCUGCUUGGCACCUAAAAAGGUGGGUCGGUGCCGUGGGUCAUUUCCCCGCUGGUUCUACAAUCCAGAGUCUCAGCAGUGUGAGAGAUUCACUUUUGGUGGUUGCAAGGCCAACAAGAACAACUAUGUCUGGGAAGAAGCGUGUAAACUUGCCUGCAAGAAUGUUCAAGGUUCUUCUGGAGAGCGGGCCCAGCCAGUGUGCAAUGGGAGCUGCCAGCCAUUCCACUUCAAAUGCAAAGAUGGCUGCUGCAUUGAUAGUUAUCUGGAAUGCGAUGAAACUUCAGAUUGUGCCGAUGGAUCAGAUGAAGCAGAUUGUGAGAUGUAUGCAUUGGAAUUCAAUAGACUACGGAAAAUCAAUGUUACGACUGAGCAAAGUCGCUGUGUGGAUUUACCAGACAUUGGGCUGUGUCAAGAUAGCAUACCCCGCUGGUACUACAACCCGUUCACUGAGAAAUGUGACCGCUUCACCUAUGGGGGUUGUGAAGGCAACCAAAAUAACUUUGAGGAAGAAGAGGAGUGUCUGAAAUCCUGUGAAGGCAUCACAAAGGCGGACGUGAUUGGCCAGAGAUGGGGAGCACAUGUAAACGAUCCAGUUGGUUUGAGUGGUUUCGAGGUGGCUAUUGCAGUGGUCCUUUGUAUCUGCAUAAUGAUAGUUCUGGUCAUCAUUGGCUACUUCUUCCUGAAGAACAGAAAGAAGAACAGCCGGCGACGCCAGCCUGCCACUGCUACCAACUCAACCCUCUCUACUACAGAGGACACGGAGCACCUGGUUUACAACAGUACAACCAAACCCAUCUGACCCCCAAGUACUUCCCGCUCAUCGGGCACAAUUCCAUAUACUGUUUGUGUUAGAAACAAAGGCCUAAGCCUGAAGAACUCUUCACCUCUUUUUCUGUUAGAAGAUGUUUGUAGCGUGGCAGUUGGCACAAGCCAAGCCCCAUGUGCUUGUCUGCUCCUGAAGCUGAAGGUAUGGGGAAGGAUUUUAGUUCACCCUUUGACUUUUUUCCUCUUCCCCGUCUCAAGCAAUCUAGACACAGCUCUGAAUGUUUCUGUGCCUUCCACUCUGUGAGAGUGGCCUUCCAUUUUAACUGAAAGGAUUUGCUGUAUCUGCUGAAGGGGUUGUUUUGACCUUUGUGUGGCAUUAAUUUUUCCACCAGCACACUCAGGGCGAGCUAUUUUAAUUUUCCUGUGACAUUUACAUCUGCCUGCUUUGGGUCUAUUCACCAACCUCCUCACAUCCACCCCACCCCCAAACCACUUGCCUUAGCUGGUCCUGUCUCAAUGCCAAACUCGGGGGUCUCACUGACAGAUUUUGGGCUUGUAUGCUUCACAUGACUAGCCCAGUCAGUUCUGUGAACUGUCACUUUCAAAUGAUUGCUCUUCCUAUGACAGGAGAGGGUGGAACAUCUGUUUCCAUUGCUGUUUGAGUUUUGAAUAGAUCUUACAGAAAUGUGCAGCUAACAUUUUCCCAAAUGAUCUGCAGUAAGUUUUACCUCCGCCCUUCUUUGUUUUCCCCUCCUCAAGGGUUGCCCCAUGUCUGUUUCUCAGGAGGACAGUUUGGUCUCUGAACACUCUUUGCAAACAGGUAUAUUCUUACUCAAAGUGAAUGAGGAGUCCCUAGUUUUCUAGUGAGGCCUGGGAGUUAAUGGAACCUCCACCCUGGCAUGUUUAGCCUUGCCUCAGCUGUGCUGAGCUACUGCCACCUGUUGGCUGUUCAUGGCAAAUUCCACCAUAGGGAAGGGGCCAGUCCGUGCAGCCCAAGGUACCAGAUUAGGUUUUUGGAGGAAGAGGAUACAGGGUGAAACGAGCAGUUUCCCACCCAGGCCCCAAAGAUGGACAGUGGUGAAAUUGAGGGAAGGAGGAUGGGCGAGUAUGUUGGCCUAUUGUCUCAAACUACAGAGGGUACCAGCCUCAGCUCUGGUGAAACUGCUCAGGUGCCUCUGGAUUUGCCCAGGUGAUAGCCCAGCUCUGCCACUGAGGAAGGCUAUCUGGAGCAGCCCAGUGUUGCUGGCUUGUAACUUUUGUUGUGAAUGUUCUUUUAUUUAAUAUUUUGAGGCUGACCACCCCACGCAAUGCCAGAGUGCCCCACUACUGAUUGAUGUACCCGAGAGCUCCCCAAUUUGGGCUGUGCAGAGGAAAGCAAAACUACCUUGCUUUCUUUCUUAUGCUAUUUUUUUUCUCCCAUCCCUAUUUUGACUGGAACAAGGUGAGUCCAGCUGCUAGCAGUGAAGUCGAGCGCCAGCUCCGGGAGGCUCGGAGAAUUUACCUGGAUACUAAUCCCUGUACUUGCUCACAUUCUUGUUGAGUUGCUGAUUAUGCAGUCCCAACCCCAGGCUGAGACUAAGCCCUUUACUCUGCUUCUCCCUGUGAGUGAUGGGCCCUGUCACCUCAGCCAUGCACCACUGCACCUAACAGUCCAUGCUGCUUUUAGAACAGAACCCAGCUCUGUGUUUCUAGUUGGGUGAGGAUCCGUCUUCUGUGAAAUGCUUCUGAAGCGUUGUUGGUUAAUACUGGGAUUGGAGCCUGCGCUCCCCAUGUCUGCUGCUUUGAAAAUAGUCACUAUGAAGUGAUAACCUGGAUCAUUUUCUUUUUAUGAAUUGUAAAAAUGUUUAAAUGUAUGUACAGAAUUUUUUUUAUGUUUGCACACAAGUGUGUGGGACCCUAACCCCAGCGAUUUGUGGCUGUGGAGGGCUGGUGCUAGUUGAUGUCCCGGGGACGGUUGUGAUCAUAAUCUCUUCUCAAAUGGAGUAACAUACCCCUGGGGAGUGAGUCCAGCAGGGCUGCCUCUUAAUGAAUGGGGUUGGAGAUGACUCUCCCCAAGUUGCUGGUGCUCUGAUUGGAGAGUUGAUAUCCACAGUUGCCCCCUGAAGGGUUGGGCAUAGGGCAGGCAGACACCUUUCUAAGUGUCUGCCAAUGCCAGACUCUGUUUUCUAGUCUGCCUUGCAACAUCUCUUCCCUGCCCAGCCGCCUGUGCCUUUC